AUGAAGAAGCAGAAAAGGAAAUGGGGCAAUUCAUAUGUUGUUGAAACGGUGAACGGGAGGAAGAAGCAUGCGGUGUUGUUUCAGCAGAUUUUGGGGAUUCUUAGAGAAAAUGAGCUACUUUUAAGUGUCCACAUUGACAUUGUGGUGAACCUUGAACCUUCAUUCAUCUUUGGGAAAGGAGGAACUCGUAAAGCAGCUUCUGAAAUGGGCCUGGAGUUUGUUGGUGAGAUACCAUUGGAAUUAGAGAUUAGGAAAGGUUUUGAUGAAGGUAUUCCCGUAGUUGUAGCAGCGUCAAAUUCUGCAGUCUCCAAAGCAUAUGGUAGUUUGGCCCAAAAUGUUAUCAACAGACUCGAAGAAUUGUCUAAUGGAAAACCCCCUCCUGAGAUUGUCCUGUGA